CACAUGGUCGGGACUCGCUCGCCUGCCGCCGCCUAUACAAAGGAAACGUCUCCCUCCUCCCAACCUCCCCUGCUCGAUCACCACCACCACCUCUCGCUCAUCCCAAUCCCCAUCACGAGCGCCCCAGAAUCCCUCCCCUCCCUCGUGCACCGCCUCCCGUCCCAUCCAGCUCCUUCUUCUUGGCGGGCGAGAGAUCGAUCGAGCUGGCUGCGUGUGAGCGAGUUGCCACGAGCGGCCAAGAGAUUAACGGAGGGGGCGGACCAGCGGAGCGAGGUCGUUGAGGGGAUAUGGAGCGGUACGAGGUGAUGAGGGACAUCGGGUCCGGGAACUUCGGGGUGGCCAAGCUCGUCCGCGACGUCGCCACCAACCACCUCUUCGCCGUCAAGUUCAUCGAGAGGGGACUCAAGAUUGAUGAACAUGUUCAAAGGGAGAUUAUGAACCACCGAUCACUGAAGCAUCCAAACAUAAUCCGGUUCAAGGAGGUCGUGCUAACUCCCACACAUUUGGCAAUAGUUAUGGAAUAUGCUGCUGGUGGUGAGCUAUUUGAAAGGAUUUGCAACGCAGGGAGAUUCAGUGAGGAUGAGGCAAGGUUCUUCUUCCAACAGCUGAUUUCUGGAGUGAGCUAUUGUCAUUCUAUGCAAGUAUGCCAUAGAGAUUUGAAACUCGAAAAUACUCUCUUGGAUGGCAGUGUCACACCUCGGCUUAAGAUUUGUGAUUUUGGUUACUCCAAGUCUUCUGUCCUGCACUCUCAACCGAAAUCAACUGUUGGCACACCGGCUUACAUUGCUCCAGAGGUCCUCUCUAGAAAGGAAUACGAUGGAAAGGUAGCUGAUGUUUGGUCAUGUGGGGUAACACUCUAUGUGAUGCUUGUUGGUGCGUAUCCUUUUGAGGACCCUGAUGACCCAAGGAACUUCCGCAAGACGAUCACUAGGAUACUCAGUGUACAGUAUUCAAUUCCAGACUACGUUCGAGUUUCAGCGGACUGCAGACAUCUCCUGUCCCGGAUUUUCGUUGGAAAUCCUGAGCAGAGGAUAACUAUCCCAGAGAUCAAGAACCACCCAUGGUUCCUGAAGAACCUGCCCAUCGAGAUGACCGACGAGUACCAGAGGAGCAUGCAGCUGGCGGACAUGAACACGCCGUCGCAGAGCCUGGAGGAGGUCAUGGCGAUCAUUCAGGAGGCCCGGAAACCGGGCGACGCCAUGAAGCUCGCCGGCGCCGGGCAGGUCGCCUGCCUGGGGAGCAUGGAUCUCGACGACAUCGACGAUAUCGACGACAUUGACAUCGAGAACAGCGGGGACUUCGUGUGCGCCUUGUGAUCGAUAGAUGCCAAAUUCGAUCGAUCGAUCAUCAGCUGGUUGAAGACUGAAGUAGCGGGGCAGCGAGCUUUCUUUGUGGCUGAUGUGUUGCUGUCAUUCAUGCCUCGUUUUUACUUCUGGGAUCACAUAUGCUUUGUGACCAAGAGAUUGCCAUCGCUGUGGAUAAAUAAGAUGAAUUUAAUUGCAUACUUAGUUAUAUUCUUGGCAGAGUGCUUUUGUGCUGCUGAUUCUGAAUUUUAGUUGUCUGAUCAUUUCUUCUUUAUGCAAAUUACUAUCGUCUCUCGCAA